AUGGUCUUCUACUUCACCAGCAACGUGGUCAAACCCGCGGCCUUCAUCUACGUGGGCAAAGACAAAGUAGAAAACGAGGAUCUCAUAGCGCACGGCUGGCCCGAAGACGUCUGGUUCCACGCCGACAACCUCAGCUCCGCACACAUCUACCUCCGACUACGCCCCAACGAAACCUGGGACCAAAUCCCCUCAGCCCUCCUGACCGACUGCGCACAACUCACCAAAGCCAACAGCAUCGAAGGCAACAAAAAGGACAAUGUGACAAUCAUUUAUACUCCGUGGAGUAAUUUGAAAAAAAGCGGAAAUAUGGCGACGGGCCAGGUGGGGUUUCAUAAUCAGAAAUUGGUCAAGAGGGUGUAUGUGGAAAAGAGGGAGAAUGUGAUUGUGAAUCGGUUGAAUAAGACGAAAGUGGAGAAGUUUCCGGAUUUGAAGGCCGAGAAGGAGGAGAUGGAGCGGGAGGUGAGGAAGAAGGAGAGGAUUGCUGCGCAGGAACAGAAGAAAGAGGAUGCUCGAUUGGCAGAAGAGAGAAAGCAGCUGAAGUGGCAGAAGGAGCAUAUGUAUGAUGAUGUGCAUACGGAGGAUCAGAUGCGGAGUAAUGCUGAUGGGUAUGAUGAGGAUGACUUUAUGUGA